AAAUAAAGCUCAAAUUGCCAUUUAACCUGAAUGACCUGAUCAACCAAUCUGGUAUAUGUGUGUUUUCAUUUGUUUUCAGAUAUUGAUGAGUGCAAGGAUCCAAAUCUCUGCAACCACGGAGAGUGCAAAAAUUUGGCGGGAAGUUACACUUGUUUGUGCUCAAAAGGAUACAAGAUCGACAGCAUGAAUGACAAGAGUUGCAUCAAAGAGAAUCCCAAAAAUAACUCAAAGAUGACUCUCCUGCUUAUUAUUUCAUUGAGUGUAAGUAUAGGCUUAUUGAUUUUUUUUGUGGGGAUUUCGUGGAUAUGUUGCGGGAUAAAGAGAAGACAAUACACUAAACUCAAAGAAAAGUACUUCAAAGAGAAUGGUGGCUUAUCGUUACUACAACAACUUGCUAGUCAUGGAGGCACUGUGGAGACAACAAAAAUCUUUUCCACAGAAGAACUUGAGAAGGCAACAAACAAUUACCACGAGAGUAGAAUCCUUGGAGAAGGAGGCUAUGGAACAGUUUACAAAGGAAUACUACCAGAUGACAAAGUGGUGGCCAUAAAGAAGUCAAAAGGUGGUGCCCCAACCCAAAGUGAUCAAUUUGUUAACAAGGUGAUUGUUCUUUCUCAAAUAAACCACAGAAAUUUGGUGAAGCUACUAGGUUGUUGUUUAGAGACAGAAGUGCCUUUACUAGUGUAUGAGUUCAUCACCCAUGGAACUCUUUAUGAGCAUAUUCAUAAAAAAAGAUCGUCACUGUCAUUUGAAUUACGAAUGAAGAUAGCAGUUGAAACGGUAGAAGCACUGGCAUACUUACACUCCUCAACUUCAAAUCCAAUCAUACAUCGAGAUGUGAAAGCAGAAAAUAUACUCUUAGAUGAUGCUUAUACAGCAAAAAUAUCAGACUUUGGAGCUUCAAGAUUGAUUCCAUCAGGUCAAACUGAAAUACAAACUUUAGUGCUAGGGACAUUCGGUUACCUAGACCCUGAAUAUCUGCAAUCGAACCAACUAACAGAAAAGAGUGACAUCUACAACUUUGGUGUUGUCCUAGUGGAGCUACUAACAAGCAAAAUGGCACUUUCUAAGGACAGAUGCUUAACAAGCAUCUUUAUUUCUUCCGUGGAUGAAGAUUGCUUGAAUCCAAUUCUUGAUGAUGACAUUGUGAACGAGGGAAACAUUGAGUCAGUAAAGAAUGUGGCCAGUCUUGCAAAAAGAUGCUUGAGGGUAAAAGGGGAGGAAAGGCCUACCAUGAAAGAAGUAGCAAUGGAGCUAGAGGGAAUGAGGAUUACAGCAAAGCACCCAUGGGGAACUAAUGUUGGUUUCUGUCCAGAGGAAAAUGAGUACUUGCUUGGGUUACUUGAUUCAGAUGCUUAUGUUUUGGAUGUUAGAGGAGGUGGUGGUAGUUCUAGUGGUUUAACUACUGGUACAGGGUAUGACAGCAUGCAAAUACAAAUGUUAAUGCCUUAUGGUGAUGGACGAUAGUGGAUUGGCGUGUUGCUCCUUGUGUAUUUAUUAUGUAUUAUUUAGGAAUGGUUUUUUGAAUUAAAGCAGUCUCCAUACAAUAAAAUCAUAUGUAAGCACACUGUAAUGUGAAAUGUAAGUUAAGUGUCACCCUGCGUUUUCAUUCCCUGGUUUUGUACU